AGCGGAUGGCGAUAUCGAAGUCAUAGUCGUAUUACGGGUCCUCCGUACUAUAACUAUCUAGACCUAUUUACUACGACGUGUCCCUGCGCUCACUGCGUAACUUCAUAUCCAUCCGUACUCAGACUUUCAACCUUCAUCUUUCCCCUUCGUUGUCCUACCUUGCAUACGUCAAAUCUGUCUGUGACAUUUUACAAGCAGUGCUUACUCUUCCUACUCUCCCUUCCACCCCCUAGGUUUACGACCCACGUUGACUGUCGCUGUCACCUCCUGAUUGAUUCAACUACCUGACGUCUACUGAAGGGUCGAUCUCUCGAGUCAGUUGCGACCUUUUACCUUUGAACAAUGUACCUGCGGUGACAAAGUACUGCCUACCAAGUGACGACGCUGAAAGAAGUACUCCGUAUUCAAGCUCUAUCUGUGUUCAAUAACAACACCCAAACUACAUACGCAUUCACCUGCUUGCCACUCUACAGCUGAACUCCGACAUCUACUUAAUCCCUCGUUCCAAACAUCCUGGCUUACAUUUUACUCCGCCGCCCUCAUACACCCUCUGAACAAAUCCAAACAUGUCGUCCCAGGCUGUACUCCUAAAGGAGUACAAGGCUUUACAAAAAGAAAAAUGGGUGCAGAUCGAUAUUGAUGAAGACAACAUGCUACAUUGGAAUCUAGCUCUGAUGGUCGUCAAUCCCGACUCUCUGUAUUAUGGUGGUUAUUUCAAGGCUCAGAUGAACUUUCCUAAGGAAUAUCCCUACAAGCCUCCGGAUUUCCGCUUCACGAAGCCACUCUGGCACCCAAACAUCUAUGUUGACGGUCGCCUUUGCAUCUCGAUCCUUCAUGCACCGGGUGACGACGCCAUGUCUGGUGAGACCGCCGGUGAACGUUGGUCGCCUGCCCAGAGAGUCGAGUCGGUCCUCAUUUCCAUCUUAUCACUUCUCGAUGACGCCGAGAUUUCUUCCCCUGCCAAUGUCGACGCAAGCGUCAUGUUCAGAGACGACAAGGAGGCGUUCAAGGCCAAAGUGACGCAGGACGUCGAGGCUUCAAAAAAGGACAUUCCCGAAGGAUUCGUCAUGCCAACACAUGAGUCGACCAAGCCAGUGAUUGACAAGGUGGAUGAUGACUUCUGGCAAGACAGCGACGUUGAAGAUGUCGACUUUGACGAUUUCGACGAUUUCGAUGACGAUGCCGCCAACGGGAGUGAAUCAGAUCAAGAAUUGAACAAUGACUCUGAAGAUGAAGAGACGUAUGAUGAGGACGACGAGGACACUGAGUAUGCCAAGGGGAAACGUCGAGAAGAUCGACUAGAUUCCGACAUGACCGAGCCAGAUGUUUGACUGUGUCGCGUCGACAAAUCCAGUUCACCAUUUGAUCAAGGUUAUUGAGACGUCCGUUGGGGUACUGGCAAGAAAGUUCAACAUCUUUCUCUGUACUCACACUCCGGGACCUCUUUCGACAUUGAUUUUCUUUAUUUGAUAUUGAGGUGCAGUUUCUCUCGGUUCAGCAAGGCGUCGGUGGGUUCCGAGAAUCAUUCGGCGUAGAAAGGGUUAUGGCGUACAAACUAUUAGACAUGGGAAUUCGGGUUAUGGAAUGAUGUUACUCGGUCUCUUUUCUUUUGCUUUUCUGCAUGAUAUCCACAGAAAUCUUCUCUGAGAGCUAUGGCAUGAGGCUUUUAUCCAGAAUGAAUUCACAUUAACACUAUCAAGUGAGACUAGCUAUUUUCUUUUUGGUUCAACACACCGCCUGAGUUGUUGGGUGUUUGUAUAUUGAAAUCUAGAGAGGAGAGAUCAUGAGGCUGUCUCAGACACCCCUGGAACUACCUGAGGUAGGUAGGUUAGGGCAUGCUAAGAAGCAUUACAACUGUACCGGUCUAAUUUCCUAGGCUACUGAAGGGUGAAGGUUUUGACGAGGCUCAGGCUCCUAUUCUCCCUUUGUUUUCUUAACCCGUAUCCUCUUUUGUACCUCAUUUCACUUACUCUGCAGAGUAUGUGUACAUGCAUACAUACAUACAUACAUACAUAUAUAUAUAUGUAUAUAUAUAUUAUAUAUACCCCGAA